AUGCAAAGGGCUCAAUUAUCACAUGGGAGUCACCACAGGCAGUUGUGUGCGUGGAAUGUCUUUGCUGGAACCGUGCCCAGGAGAACAUUGAGUCUUGAGCAUGCGUUGGAGUUGCUUGGAUGUGAUUGUUUGGUUUGGCGAAUUUUUCGUUUGAGCGGCGACUUUGAAGCAACCACUGCCUGCUGGCUUGGAUUGCGGGAAAUGGCGGGAACCUGUGUAAGGUGUAAGGAAUUAGAGCAUUGUGAUGUUCCUAAUGUCCUUUUCGAUGGACUACAUUGGAACAUAUUGGAACCAAGGUUGGCCAGUAGCGUGAAGAACAAGGUCGAAUCAGGGCACAUCAAGAAUCCUUCGAGCUAUGUUUGCGCUACUGUGGUGCGAGGCUACGUGCCGGAGGCUGAUGGUGGUGCUCAAGCCUUUUGCCAAGCGCAACAGACAGAACCCGCGGUGCACCAGGUCCCAGCCGCAGCCCUGCAAGUGACACCACGACCCCCCAGUUCCUCCGGAGGCGUCGAUAUGAACAUGGCUGUGGCCAGAUUAAGUUCCACCAUCGGAAUGGUGCGGGCUGAAGAGGCUGGAGUGAACCUCACAGAUGAUGCGAUCCAGGCACUUCUGAAGCUUCCAACGCAGCACGCGUCGCAGUUGUUGGAACAGGUGGCCGAAAAGAAGGUGAAGGGGGUCAUUCGAGACCUGUCGAACUACGUCAUUGCCACUGUUGCACGCGGCUACCACCCGAAGGAGGGCGGUGUUGUCGGCGGACACUUGGGACUUCAGCCCAGGCCCAAAUCGCAGGCAGAGCCGCAGGCGCCGCUGGCCGCACAGCUGGCAGCGCAGCCGCAACUGGCACCGGUCUUUCAACGAGGAGUGGCGCCUGCUCCGGCACCCGAUCGCAGCAAAGGGAAAGGGAAGGGUACCAUUGAACUGGUCCCUCCAGAUGCCACAGUAGUAGAGAUGGCCAUUUUGGACCUGAACCAAAAGGAUCUUUGGGACGGGCAGCGCUUGGAUGCUGAGUCCUUGCUGGCACUGAGAUGCAUUCCGGAGGAGCAGGGCAUGGAUUUGCUGGGCUCCCUGUUUUCCAAAGGAUCCGGAAAAGGAAAUGUGAAAAUCCGCAAUCCCAAUGACUAUGUGCAGGCAGCAGUGGCCAAAAUCAUCCGGGAAGGAGGCACUGGCAGCCGAAACUUCACCGGCAAUCAGACAAGACAAAAAGCCGUGGAGAUGGGUUUGAACUUGGAGGAUGAAACACUGCAGCUCUUAUCCAAGAUGCCCUUACGCAGCUCGGUAAAGCUUUUAGAUGCUGGAAAGCAGGCCUUGCAUCGUGGUGAGGAUCCCAACAGUGCCAUUGCUGCAGCCAAGGUGCAGGAGUACGAGCCCACGGAGUCGGGCGACCUGCCAUCAAAAGUGGACCUCAGAAAUCACAUGAGCCCAGUGGAAGACCAAAGCCAAGCCAACAGCUGCUGUGCCAAUGCUGUGGCAGGAGCCUUCGAGUACAUCAACAUGCGCCACUGCAAGAGAAAUGGUGACACGCCCGCUGACAUCUCGCGGCUGUUCAUUUACUACGUUGGCCGCAAGAAGGACCAAAAAGAUUGGAAUGAAAAAGGUCCUUUGGCCGACGAUGGAAUGAGUAUUGGUGGUGCCAUAACUGCCAUGCAGACUCAUGGUGCAUGCAUGGAGGCAGACUGGCCAUACGACCUCAACCAUGUGAACAAGAAACCCAACGAUGACUGCUUCAAGGCAGCUCAAAGGUUCAAGGUUCUUGAGGCCACCCGCAUUCCCGUGGACUUGGACUGCAUGCGUCGCUGCCUGGCGGAGGGUCAUCCUAUUGUCUUCGGCCUGAAGCUGACGCAGCGCUUCUUCCAGCCACGGCAGGGCUACUGCGCCACGCCUGACCCCAACGACCCGCAGAGUGCUUCGCAUGGGCUACAUGCCAUGCUGUUGGUGGGAUACAAUGAUCGACAAAGCAUCUUCAUUGUACGAAAUUCCUGGGGAACAUCCUGGGGAGAUCAAGGCUAUGGAUACGUGCCCUACGACUACAUCGCCAGUCAGGAGUUCAACAUUGGGAGCCAGUAUGCCAUCAAAGGCCUCACUGAGGUGGACUUCACCCCUGACGACGAUGAUGGCGCUGAUGUCGAGCUGCCAGGGGAGGACGGGGAGGAGGACGACAUGCAAAGCUUCGACGCUGACGACUUGGACCCGCCAGGGGAUGAGGAUGAUCUUGACAUUGACACGGAUUUUGUGGAGACAUUGAAGAAUACCUUUUUCUACAAUGAUGCGAAGAUGCCAAAGCAGAUGUUUAUGCAAAUUGGAGUCAUGGCCACCAACGCGGACAUCGAUUUUAUGCAGUGGCUGAUGAUGAAGCUAAAGGAUGAUGGUGACGACACAAGAUACGGCUACGACGACUUGAUGGCUUUUAUCAAGGAGUUUGGAGACCAGAAGUGA